UAAGGCAGAGGAAAUGCCUGGUAAUUGUUAUCACCUCUAAAAUGCCUGAAAAUGUUUUUUUAUUGUCGAGCCUACGUUUCAAGCUGGAAAUACUAGAUGCAGGAACUUUUCGAAGCAGGUGCAGGUGUUGCGCUGUAGCCACACCCACCCCGGAAGAUCCUAAAAAGGGUAUUUUUAUUUUUUAAGGUGACGUGGAUUCGCUGUGCGCCGCUUCUGUUGAUCGCGACCUUUCUUCUGGUUUAUCGCGUUAAAGCGAAGAUCAGAACACGUUUUAUCACUAGCAAUGUCCAGAUAUGACAUUACACAUACGCCUGUGUUACUGACUGGAUUUUGAAGCGAAAGAAGCGAUUCUGAGGAGUCCGUGGAAGCAUCUGAAACAGUCUUGAUUUGCCCGCUGACAGGUGUUGUCAUGACAGCGAGACUGGAAUGUUUAGGCCUGCGUGUCGCUGGUCGAUCCGUGACACUCUGUGUGCUGGUUCUCUGCCUGAUGCCUUAUUUUGGCUGGGCAGUGAGUUACAAACAAGGCGAUCCAGUUGUCCUGUAUGUGAACAAAGUUGGUCCGUAUCACAAUCCCCAGGAGACGUAUCACUAUUACACUCUACCUGUCUGUAGACCUAAAGAGGUCCGUCAUAAAGCCUUAAGUCUGGGAGAGGUGUUGGAUGGAGACCGUAUGGCUGAAUCUCUUUAUAACAUCCGUUUCAAGGAAAAUGCAGAUAGACUGACGCUGUGCAAGCUCACUCUCUCUGAGAAAGAGGUGGAUCAGUUGCGGGAGGCAAUUGAGGAGCUGUAUUACUUUGAAUUUGUCCUAGAUGACAUUCCCAUAUGGGGUUUUGUGGGAUAUAUGGAAGAAAGUGGAUUUCUGCCUCACAGCCACAAGGUGGGAUUAUGGACGCACUUGGAUUUGAAUAUAGAGUACAAUGGUGACUCUGUGAUCUUCGCCAAUGUGUCCGUGAAGGAUGUGAAGCCGGAGCCCUUAGAGGAAGGUGGUGCAAUUCAUGGUGCUGGUGUUGGCAGUGGUGGUCUUUCAAUUACCCACACCUACAGCGUUCGCUGGUUCGAGACUACAUUGCCUCAUUCACGCAGAGCGGAGCGUCUUCGAGACUAUUCCUUUUUUCCCAAGACUCUGGAAAUCCACUGGCUGUCCAUUAUCAACUCACUAGUGCUGGUGGUGUUAUUGCUGGGCUUCGUUAUCAUCAUCCUCAUGAGGGUGUUGAAGAAUGACUUUGCCAGGUAUAAUGUGGAGGAAGAUGGGGGUUGUGAUGACCUUGAUCAAGGGGAUAAUGGAUGGAAAAUCAUCCACACAGAUGUUUUUCGCUUCCCGCCAUAUAAGAGCCUCCUGUGUGCAGUAUUAGGGGUCGGGGCACAGUUUCUGACUCUGGCCACAGGAAUCAUUGUCAUGGCACUUUUGGGGAUGUUUAAUGUCCAUCGUCACGGUGCCAUAAACUCUGCAGCGAUUGUACUGUACGCUCUGACCAGCUGUGUGUCAGGAUACUGUUCUUGCAGCUUCUACACUCAGAUUCAGGGCCAGCGCUGGGUCUGGAACAUCAUCCUCACCUCCGCACUCUUCUCUGCUCCGCUCUUCUUCACCUGGAGUGUGGUGAACUCUGUACACUGGUGGAGCGGCUCCACUCAGGCACUUCCUGCCACGACUGUGUUGCUGCUUCUUGGCGCCUGGGUUCUGGUCGGCUUCCCGCUCACAGUCAUUGGUGGAAUCGUUGGGAAAAAUAGAGCAGGCAACUUUCAGGCUCCAUGUCGUACGCGUAACAUUGCACGGCAGAUCCCCCAGCAGCCCUGGUACAAACACACUGCUGUGCACAUGGCCAUCGGAGGCUUCUUGCCUUUCAGUGCCAUUUCAGUAGAACUGUACUACAUCUUUGCCACGGCGUGGGGUCGUGAACACUACACACUGUACGGCAUCCUGCUGUGUGUGUUUGCCAUCCUGCUGUCGGUGGGCGCCUGCAUCUCUGUGGCACUCACCUACUUCCUGCUUUCAGGCGAGGACUACCGCUGGUGGUGGAGGAGUGUUCUCAGCACCGGCUCCACCGGCAUCUUUAUAUUUGUUUACUCUCUCUUCUACUACCACAAUCGCUCCAACAUGAGCGGCCUUGUACAGAGCGUUGAAUUCUUCGGAUAUUCUUUGCUCACCGCGUUUGUUUUUUCACUCAUGCUGGGAACAGUUUCCUUUUGGGCUUCUUUGGCUUUUAUUCGUUACAUAUACCGUAGCCUUAAGAUGGACUGAGGGGAUUUUUUUCCUCCCUCAUAAAUGUGGAAGAGACUCGUGGACCAGAUUUUUGUUUCUGAAGUAUAUUAUAAAUAAUAAACUAUCCAAACUGAUGCCAAUCAUUAAAAGGAAAUGGGGAGCAGACAAAUGUGACUAAAGACUUUAAUAUUUUGCUCACCAACACCCUGAUACUUAAAAUUCACAUAGGUUAAUAGAUGCUAGAUUAUAUGCACAUCAAAUACUGACGUAUUUGGAUUGUUUGUGCUGAAUGGAAAAGAAUUUCAUACUUCAAAAUGUUGCUUUCUGUUCGUGGGUUUUGUUAAAGGAACACUCACUUUUUUUUUUUUUUUUUUUUUUUUUUUUUUGAAAAUAGGCUCAUUUUUCAAGUCCCCUAAGGUUUAACAGAUGAGUUUUACAACUUUUGAAUCCAUUUACCUGAUCUCUAGGUCUGGAUGUAACACUUUUAGCUUAAAUCAUUGAAUCAGAUUAGACCAAAAGAUAAUUUUCCUAUUUAAAGCUACUCUGUUUUGUACUUACUUUGUGUACUAAGACAGAUAGAAAUUGAAAUGUUUAUAUUUUCUAGGCUGAUAUUGCUGGUAAUUGUACUCCAGUGUCUCCCAAUCCUGUUCCAGAAGGCACACCAUCUGUACACAUUUUCGACCUCUUCCUAUUGAAACACAUCUGAAUCAAAUCAUUAGAAGAGACUUGAAAACCUGACAUGAAUGUUUCAGGUUAGGAUUACUGUUGAUGUGCCUCCAGUAACAUAAUUGAGAAACACUGGUAUAAUCUCAUUUCGACAUAAUAAUCUAGGUACUUAAACUAGGUACUGUUUCUAAGAAUAGUCCUCAGCACUAAACCUGCUGUGUUCCUUGUCAUAUCAACUAAGAAAAUAACUUUUAAUUUUCUGUUGGUUUUAUUACAAAAAUGUUGUACAGAAGAGUCUGGCUUUAAACAGAAACAUUUUUGAGAUUCUACUGGUCUAGUCUGAAUCAAUGAUCUAUGCUAAACUAAGCUAAAAAUUCUCCAACCAGACUCGGAGAUCAUCUCAAUGACUUUAAAAAAUGGUAAAACUCAACUGUAUAACUCUUGUAAAAUGGGUCCAUUUAAAAAAAAUGGAGUGUUCAUUUAAUGCAAUGAGUAUAAUUUAAAAAUAUUUAAUGUUAGUUUCAAAUGAUAAUGGGACAAGAAUAAGAGGCCUUCAUACUUAUAGUUUCAUGCAACCAUGGAGGAUAUAAAGCACUUAUAUGUACUGUAAGUGAGUUUACUUGAUUACAGGUGAAUUUGUUGUUAUAAGGAAGGACAUUAUGAUCUUUGAGGUAAAUAGAUUUGUCAUAUUGUGCACAAAUGGUGCAAUGUACAUGUUUUGAUCAGAAUAGAGUUGGAGAGAAGGUUGACGCAAUGAAGGUUGAAGAAGAUGAGGAAGCUGAAGAAAUGAAGAAUAGAUUAUGGAAGCAAUACCAUGCUCUAAAGUCACCUUCAACUGUGAUCUGUUGAAAUGUAAAUAGUAUGUUUUCAAUAAAGUCAUUUUUAUUAAGGUAAGAGAAAUAAAUGGGUGAAAUGCAA